ACACCAUCGAGACCGGCAGAAAUUUUCAAGGAACCCCCUUCAAGCGCAUCUUCUCAAUCUACCACCACCAUUGCUUAUUGUUAUUUCCUCAAUCUAUAUGAUUCCACCCUCAUUGCAUUAUACAAGACAGAUUAACAACAUACACUUCGGACCACUUGCAUCCUCCCUUGUCGACACCGACCGUCCUCCUUAGGACCACAGGGUCUACCGUAUCGUCUUUUCGAUUGUCUUCUUCACGACACAUGUGAUAGUGACAAUUGCUCUGCUCUCACCGUGGUUGUCUUUCUCCGAGACCUUUGCGCAUAGACAUUAGAAAGCUAAACGACCUCUAUUGGAUUUCAACGAACCAACUGAAACAUACCCAAGAAAUCAUCUUUGAUUCUACCACAUACCGCCAGCUACUAUGUACGCACUCAAAACUCCUUUUUUCCGUCCAGCCAGCGGGCCCUCUUCGCCACCACCAACAUCAGCACCACCUUCUCGCCCCGAUUCAGGCGUAUCUUUUGAGCGAUCUCGCCCUCUGAACAGGUUGUCAUUGACGACAUUCCGGCGCCCGUCACCAGCGCCAGCAAGCACUACUGCAUUGACCACGUUGGUACAGGAUGGAUCGUACCUGGAAAUGCUGAGCCUCAAGCUAAGCGAGGCUGUUUCAAAGGCCGUCGCCCAACCAGGCGGUCCACCAGCUGCCCACGAGCAAGUGUCAGGGCGACGGCCGAUCCCUGCAGGUCGAGGUCGGGCGUUGGGCUCCCUCAUUGCCUCCGAGCUACAUGCGGCUAGUGAAACCCCGCAUUUGUACCGGGCCAUCUUGCGAUCACUUCACAGGCCUUUGUCUGUGCUCCUUGGCAACCUCUCUGCAAGCUUGCUUCUCCACCUUUCCUCACCAACGCUUCUAGCUCUUCCUUCGACUGCGCCUCAGGCCCAAGUUCUCAAUCCCACGCAGCUCCAUGCCGUUGCCAUUGCGACAUUCGCUGGCGAGUUGUUGGAAACAUUUGAUGAUUUCGCGUUAGGACUUGAUGGGGGUAUACGCGGAGACGGCCUGAAGCACAUCCGGGAGGGACUGGUUUCCCUUGUUAAUCGGGUAGUCCACCCGUUUUUGGGGUUGAUGAAAGGCGAGCUCCAUCCCCUUGUGGAAGCUCUGGAGACGCUGGCUACUUUAUCCACCGGAAAGACCUCUCCAAGUGGCAAAACAUCAAGUCAUUUACACCUAUCCAUCGUAUCACUACAAACCAUCAUCCCGGUGUACAGCAAAGCCAUCGCGAGAUACACGGCGACACCGAUAUCUCAGACGAUCCUGGCUACCUACCUCAUAUCCAUCAUAUGGAGAGGCCUAUUGGCUUUGACGUCGCGUCCAUACGUUGCACCGACGCCACCGUCUUCCCCGACGAGCCUUCCUGCUGUCAUUAGAAAGCGUCGUGGAUCAUCUACGCCGCCCCUAACUCCACCUCCGGGACGAUUCGUGAUCAAGCUUCCGUCGUCUAGGCCUCCUUCACCACCGGAUUUGGCGGUAUCAUCCUCGGUGACCGCUGAUGCGCGAGCACUUUAUGAUAUCCUCAACCAACUUCCUAAACCCGAUGAUCAUACCGCAGCUACAAGAUUGGCUAGAGAAGCAGUUAACGAAGCCCUUGAUGCACUGAAAGCGCUCCCUGCAUUCUUUGACGCGGUCUCAUCCACUUCUCCCGCACCUUCUGUGGAUGACAUGGCUCAACAGUUAGUCACGGCAGCGGAGGAUCUACCUACACUUAUUGCAUUGCCGGCGGUGCAACAUGUCUACGGCUUGCCUGAGAUGCAAUCCAUUCCGGCAAUGCUGGGAAUAUCUGAUUCAGACUACCGGAACGGCUGUCUGACCGGGUUCGGGAGAGCCGAGGAGUGUGCGACUGCCGUAGGGCAGCGCCUGCUUGGUGUCCUCACCCCAACUCUCGGUCCUAAUACCAUUCUGUGCAAGUGGUUGGAGAUGGAGAUAGCCGAAGACCCUUUCCCAUGUCUGUGACCAAUCAGCGCUUAUCUGUUAAUUAUUUUUGGGCAGUGACAGUUAUUUUUAUUGUUCGUACACCUCUUCUAGCAAGUCCUCUUUUAGAUCUCAUCUUUCAAUAGCAGCAUUAGAUUGUGCUACAUGUUGUGUAUGCUAAGGUGUCUCUCUAAUUCUAUAUUCGACCGGCCAUCGAAGACUGAAUUUUAUCCGUG